AUGAUUCUUCAACGUUGGCUUCCAUGCAUUUGUUGUACGUCAUUAUAUCCUGAAAGUCAAUUUAAAAAUGCUGUUAAACAAGAUGAAUUAUAUCACGAUGUAGUUGAAGGUCAACUCUUAUGCAGAAAAUGUAUUGAAUUUACACCAUCCAAUAAUUAUCCUUAUUGUCGUUUUGCACGUUAUAAAAAUAAAUUAGAAAUUACUUCGAUACCAGAAAAUCUAGUAUUAGGUUUUAUAGAACAACGAGCGAUUACAUUAAGUCACAUCUAUAUGAGUAUUAUUUUAAUUCGUGGUCGUCAAGCUGCGUUAAAGGGUCAGGUAGUGCAUUUUCAUGUUGAUACAAGUGUAAUCGUUGAUGAUUUAUUACCAUUUCCACGAUGCUAUGAAUUCUUGGCUGUCGUACAGGAAAAACCACUUAAAAAUAAUGAGAUUCGUACUACUGUUAGUUAUUCAUUUAGUCCAGUACAAGUGUUGAAAGCUCUGAAUUAUUUAAAACAACAUAAUCAUUUAUAUUCAGACAAGAAAUUGAUGACAAUAGAAGAGAUUCAAGAAAAUUUCAAAUGUCGUCAAGAAGAUAUUAUACCAAUUCGCAUUAUCGAUAGCUAUGCAUACAACAAUGCUACUACGAUAGCACCAGUUAUUAAUUCAUCGGAAACUUUAUUUGGACCUAAGCGAAUAAUUCCAUGUGCUCAAGAUCCAAUAUGGGAAAUUGAACCUUAUUUAGAAGAAAGAUGUUAUCCAUGGUUGUAUCCACAUGGCAAAGGAGGUGAAGCUGAUCCGGAGCGACCUUUACAGAUAAAUCUACGAGACUACUAUAAACAACGUUUGAAAUCUGCUGACAAUCGAUGGCAAAAGGAUCCGACGUGGAUAUUUCGUGCACUCAAUUUAUUACAAAGAGAAGAUUUGUGCCGAUCAGUUAAUUAUCAUGUGAAAAAAAGCUAUCAAAAUGGGAAAAUGUGUUAUCUAAUCUAUCCAGGUAAACUGAUAGCUAAUAGUAGAACAGAAAAAUAUGUAGGCAUGGUCAUUCGUGGUUCUUCAGCAUUUUGGGAUAAAGCAAGACGUCAUCUUAGAUCUAUGUAUGCAACGCUGGGUAAGCCUUUUAUUUUCCUAUCAAUUAAUUUACAAGAUGACGUGGAAUUUUUAACCAACAUUAAUCCUGAAAAAUUUGGUUCAACAUGUAAUCCAAAUUGGGAAGCAAUCGAUUCUUUAUCUGAUGAUGAAUAUCUGAUGUUAGUUAAUGAAAAUCCAGCACUAGUUGCAAGAAUGUGUAAACGUCGACUAGCAGGUUUCGAAGAAUAUAUUAGUGAUAAGAAGCAUCCAUUUCUUAUUGAUUACAUUGUUUCUCAUUAUUUUUUGAAAACUGAAUUUCAACGAGAUGGACUACCUCAUCUACAUGCUUUACUAUGGAUUGAAAAUCCUCCUUCUACAGAUACAGGGUGGUAA